UUGCUGACACAUGGCUGAAGCUGGCCCCAGUAGAGCUUUGGGCACCUCAGUCCACUGUCCCUACCACCCCGAGGGACAGCUCAUAGAGGACCACUCGGCAGGAGACAUGAUCUGCCCAGAGUGUGGCUUGGUUGUGGGUGACAGAGUGAUAGACGUUGGCUCAGAAUGGAGAACAUUCAGUAAUGACAAGUCCUCCACUGACAGGUCUCGUGUUGGAGGAACAGAGGACUCAUUUCUGGAGAGUGGUAACUUGACGACAUACAUUGGCACCAUCACCUCAAAGCCAGGCUCAGAGACAACUGGCACCAGUUUCAAGAACUGGCAGAAGGGAGGCGGGAUGAGCGCAGCUGAUCGAAGUCUAACCACUGCCUCUGGGGACAUCAAGAACAUGGUGGCCAAACUCAACCUCACCAGAAGCAUAGAGGAUAGAUGCAAGACUCUCUUCAAGCAAGUCUACAAUGAGAAGAGGUUGAAGGGGCGUGCCAACGAUGCCAUAGCAGCUGCCUGUCUCUUCAUAGCCUGCAGGCAGGAGGACGUGCCGCGCUCCUUCAAGGAAAUCUGUUCCGUCUCUAAACAUCCCAAGAAAGAGAUUGGCCGAUGUUUCAAGAUCAUCCAACAGGUUAUCAAGACUACAGUCACACCUGUCUCCACUACUGACUUCAUGUCUCGCUACUGUACCAACCUCCAGCUGCCCAUGCCCGUACAGAAGGCUGCUAGUCACAUUGCGGAGAAAGCUGUCAGCUUGGAUCUAGCUCCUGGGCGAGUGUAUCUUUCUGUUGCUGCCGCUGCUAUAUAUAUGGCUUCUCAGGCUUCGGCACAAAAGAAAACACAGAAAGAAGUGGGGGACGUAGUGGGCGUGGCUGAUUCCACCAUCCGACAAUCCUACCGACUUCUCUACCCAGCCAGAGAUAAACUGUUCCCUGAAGGCUUCGCUUUUACAACUCCACUGGAUCAACUGCCGAAACACUAAUAUUGUCACAUGUCUAGGAAGCCUAAUAAUAACUCAGCACUUAGUACUAUUAAACAACGCUAUCUAGGCUGACAUUCAUUUACCCAACUAGGUAAUCGCUUUUUUUAGGUGAACCUUUUACAUAAUUACAAUCAUGUUCAUGAGCGUAUGUCAUAACAUUGUAUUUAAUCCCACUUUUUUCUAUGCAAUCUGCUCAGAUUUUGAGCAUUCCCACGAGCAUCGAUGUUUUGAUUUACUUG